CCCCCCGUUUUGACGGACGCUUUUUUGCCGCACGCUCCCUCCUGGACAAAAUGAGCGCCGCGCAAGUGCCCGGCGUGACGGACCGGCGGUGGGAGGGCGUCAUCGCCACAGUACGCCAGGACAAAGGCUUCGGCUUCAUCAGGUGCCCGGAGCUUCGGAAGAUGUACCCCGAGAAGGACGUCUUCCUGCACCAGCGGCAUCUGGGCUCCUUCCGUGAGGGCGACAACGUCUCCUUCGGGGUCUUCAUGAGAGAUGGGAAGCCUCAGGCCACGGAUUUGGCGAUGGUGAACGGGCAGCAGCCGAUGCAGCAGCAGCAGCAGAUGGCCCCGCAAAUGGGCAUGCAAAUGGGCAUGCCCAUGGGCCAGGGCGUGCCUAUGCAAGGCAUGGGCAUGGGCAUGGGCAUGGGCAUGCAGAUGGACAUGGGCAUGCAGCAGCCAUCUAUGGGGCAUCCGCAGAUGGGUCAGCAAGCCCUACCUCCGCCACCUCCGCAGGCGCCUCCAGAGGAAGAGGCGACUCAUGAAGUGGAGGUCCCAAAAGAGUUCAUGUCGACGCUGGGCGAGGGAGGCAGGUCGGCUGGGCAUGUCGCGAGAGUCGCGACAGUGAGCGUUUGCAACAUAAACCGGCGGGUGAGGAGUGGCCUUGAGCGUUUGCAACAGAAACAGGCUGGUGAGGAGUGAAGGUGCGAUCUGGAGUUUGGCAUUGGCUGAAUGAGCUAGGCCCCGGCAUUUCCAGAAGGCAGUUUGCUGCUGUUGUGACGGCAUUGCCAGAGACCCAAGUGCGAGCCAUAGUCCCAACAUGUCCAUUCUGCGGUGUCCAGCCAGGCGUGAUUUCUGCAAAGCCACAAAACCUAGGCAUUCAGCGGACUCAAAGAAAACUACACUGAUUGGCCUCAACUUUGGUAAGGGGAUCUAGAUGGAUAAGUUGAAAGGUAAGUCUUAAGCCUAGUGGGAGUAGCUCUUUGGCCUGGCGCUUCAGGAUCAAGUUUGGCUCGCUCCCGCGCGGAAGCCUCACGCCCCUUAUUGCUGAAGUGAAGGCGAAUCAUGAGGCUUCAAGUUAGCUACUGUGGGCCCCUGGAAACCGCAUUCAGGUUUCAGGUUUCCUUCAGGAGUCGGAGAUUUGUUGCUUGGAGAGUGAGUGGCACUUGAGAGGCAGUUGGACAGUUUUGCGCAAACUUGAGAGCAGCAGGCAGCAUUUGUUUCGCAGUUGGAGCUAGCGCCUGGCAGUUGAAACCAGUCUUGCCUUGAUGAUCUUGCAGCAGUCGGGCCAGGGGUUGACCAUUGAACCGGGCAUCGAUCUAUGCCCAUGCACAUUCUUUUUGAAUGCACGCUGACACCUGAAUGAGCGCGGACGUGCCAUCUGUCAGACUUGGAUACGGAGCUCGGAGUACCCCCCUAAGUGACUAUGUGGCCGAGAUUUGGUAGGGCUCUUUCACUGCUGAGGUGCCACGAAUUGUGAAGGAUUCGCUUCAGAGGCUUCCUGACGACGAAGCUGCCCUUAACCCUUGAGCAGCGACUGACUUUCUUUGCGACUGGCUGUGUUUCUUCAGGCCCCGCUGGGUUGCAUUUGCCUCGGCAAGAAGCUUGUUCCAAUGAUUGGGAGUUUGCAAAGCGCCAACAUGGGUUUGUUUGUUUUGAAGCGUCACCUCAAAGGGAAACCACAUGCAAACCCACCACCUCACGGGCUCUCCCGAUGAGACAAACGGAUCUGUCCUGACCUCCCUCGCGUAUCUCUUUCCCAGGCGGGUAACGUGCACGUGUGUGCCGUGAGCUGUGAGCCACGUAAAUUUGACCAAAAUCUGCAGUUGAGCCAAUGCCGAGAUGACAUGACAUGAUGCCCAAAAGCCAAGACCAGGAAAACAAAUGGAUCGGG